UUCGCGCCAUUCCGUCCCGCCGUCUUGACAGAAUACAACACCGAGUGACUCUGCAUGCACUCAAUCCCGACACCGGUCAGUCAAAUCACAAUUCCGACUCAUCGCGACACGCCGCGUCCCGCCAAAACCCACAGCAUCCAGCCACCGGCCUGUCAAGCAUGGCGGACCCCUCGGAACGAUUCCAGAAGCUCGAGAAAGUCGGCGAGGGAACAUACGGAGUCGUUUACAAAGCGAAAGAGAAGAAAACAGGAGAGCUUGUCGCUCUGAAAAAGAUACGACUCGAUACGGAGACGGAGGGAGUGCCGAGCACUGCGAUUAGAGAGAUUUCUUUGUUGAAGGAAUUGAAGCAUCAUAGUAUUGUGAGGCUCAAGGACGUGAUGCAUUCCCAAAAGAAACUUUACCUAAUCUUCGAAUAUCUCGAUCAAGACCUCAAAAAGUUCAUGGAUUCUGCAUAUUCUCUCAACAUAACAGAAGACCUAGUAAAGAGCUACAUGCAUCAGUUGUUGCAGGGAAUCGCUUUUUGUCAUGGACACCGUGUGUUGCAUCGCGACUUGAAGCCUCAGAAUUUGCUCAUUGAUAAGGAGGGACGUAUUAAACUUGCAGACUUUGGGCUUGCAAGAGCGUUUGGUGUUCCAGUGAGAUCGUAUACGCAUGAGGUGGUGACCUUGUGGUAUCGUGCACCAGAGAUCCUCCUCGGAUGUCGAUAUUACGCCACUUCCGUAGACAUCUGGAGCAUCGGCUGUAUAUUUGCGGAGAUGUUGAACAGAAGUCCUGUCUUUCCUGGUGACUCAGAAAUCGAUCAACUCUUUAGAGUGUUCAGAACAUUAGGCACACCUGAUGAGAGCACAUGGCCGGGCGUCUCUGACCUUCCAGACUACAAAGCAACAUUUCCAAAAUGGCGUGCGCAGCCGUUUAACAGUAUAGUCCCUAAACUAGGGGAAAUCGGGAUUGAUCUACUAAUGCAAAUGCUCACUUACGAUCCAUCGCAACGAAUAUCAGCGAGGAAUGCUCUCAGCCACCAAUACUUCGUUGAUGUCCAACUCCCACCACUAUUAUGAAGCUCUCUCCUUGCACUGCAACAAGAGUGUGAUAUUGUGAAUUGUUGUAGCUAAAUCAUGUACUAUUAUUCAAUCAUAAAGUACAGGCAUUGCAAUUUGUGUGCGAAAUAAGAAAAUGAUGAGGU